AUGCGCCUCCCCGCCGCGCGGCCCUCACCUUGGGCACUCUUCCGGCUACGUCCCCUCCUUCCUCACACCGCCUACCCCGCUUGGCCCCAAUGCCGCCCGGGGGAAGAACCCGAGAGCAGCGGGGUGCGAAGCUUGCUCAGGUCUGGCUCCUGCUCCAGCCGGGCUGGAACGCAGGACCUCUGCCUGCACGACUGGGCGGAGCUGUUCCCGGCGCUGACGCGGCGCCCAGGAGCCCUGACGGGUCCCGGGGAGGGGUUCCCGGCGCAGGCCGCAGCUGGGGGGAAUGAGGCCCGGCUCCCCCAAGCUGGGCACAGCGGGCCAGCGGGCGGGGCCGCGAGCACGCCUCGCGGCGAGCUCUUCCUCUCAUCCGCGCGCCGCGAGGACUUCUCAGAGAGGCUGAUCCGGGACCCAGGCUGGGUCAGCGAAACGUGGACCGGGAGUGAUGAGAGGGGUGAAGGCUCAGAGGACUGGUACUUCAGACAAUGCCGAACGGCCCAUCGGGAGCAGAGGCUGUCAUGCUUCUCUGUCCGUGAAAAUCUGCAUCCUUUAGAACCCAAACAAUGUACUCCUAUGGAAAUGCAGAAACAUUUUCCACGGUGUGGAUUUGCACCGACAAAGGUCCGCAAAUCGCCCUCCCUAGCCCUCGGCCUAUUCAGACCUCACGGGGAGCGGCGUCCUCAGGAGGCAGGUGGACGGCUGAUCCCGGGCGGCGCCGGCCGUCGGAGCCUGGAUCCCAAGGGUCGAGGGCACCCGGAGUUUCCGACCAAGCAGAGGAAAAAAAGAUGAAUAUUGUUACUUCAGGAAGGAUUUAGGAAGUCUUCGCACUGCCCCAGAGCGACAACGCUAAUUUAUUGAAGAAAUACCUCUUAAUGCCCUUCGUCUCCAAAUAUCUGUAGGUAGAGUAGAAGCCUGCUGUAGUUGUUG